UCAGCCAGCGCGCCCGGCUGCCCCAGCUGUCACAUAUUUAACCCACCCCCACCUCUUCCCAUUUCUCUCUCCCUCCUCCAUCAUCCACUCACAACCAUCAUCUCCAUCUCCAGCCUUGUGCUUCAUUCCAUCCAACCACCACCACCACAACAUCUUCACAUCCAUCCAUCACAAUGGCCCGCACGAAGCAAACUGCCCGCAAGUCCACUGGUGGCAAGGCUCCCCGUAAGCAGCUCGCUUCCAAGGCUGCUCGCAAGUCCGCCCCCUCCACCGGUGGCGUCAAGAAGCCUCACCGCUACAAGCCCGGUACCGUCGCUCUCCGUGAGAUCCGUCGCUACCAGAAGUCGACCGAGCUCCUCAUCCGCAAGCUCCCCUUCCAGCGCCUGGUCCGCGAGAUUGCCCAGGACUUCAAGUCCGAUCUCCGCUUCCAGUCCUCUGCCAUCGGCGCUCUCCAGGAGUCGGUCGAGUCUUACCUCGUCUCCCUCUUCGAGGACACCAACCUUUGCGCCAUCCACGCCAAGCGUGUCACCAUCCAGUCGAAGGACAUCCAGCUCGCCCGUCGCCUCCGUGGUGAGCGCAACUAGAUUGUGCUUCACGCAUAGUCUCUCGGGGAGGAGUUGACAAUUUGGGUGGAUGCUUAUGAUACACCUUGGGAUGGCAUGACGAUUCGGUUUUUACAGGGCAAGGGUAAUAGGCGUUAUUGAAUGCGUUGAUAUUUCUUCAUAUGCACAAAGAGGCAUCGUUGUACAUCAGUGCGAGGCAGCUGCCAUUUGCGCUGCGAUACUGAACUUGACAAUUGAUCACGAACAACAAAAAACCUAAACAAA